AUGAAAGCACGUACCAACCAACCACCAACCACCAUCGCCCCCCCCGCGCCAUUUCUCUCCCGCAGCGCGCCGCCGACCUUCCCGAAGCGCCGUCCCGGGGGAUACCCUUCAAACACCGGCCGACGGUUCUGUGCGACGUGGACGGUGGCACGAUUCAUCCUCCUUCUCUUCCUCGGGGACUUCCAGGGGGCCCUGGAGGGGAGCAAAAUGAACUGCGGAGAGCCUCUCCGCUUUCCCAACGGUCGCACCACUUUCUUUCGCUGUCUCCAGCGGACCGCCACCGCCACCAGCAACACCACAAAUCAUCCGAUAUCCGACUGGAUACACGCUGCAGCGGAAGGUGAGGAUGAACUGGGACAAGCAACGCACCACGGCAGCCUUUCCCGCCCGAAGUAUCCGACGUCUACGAAAUGGGUGUCCUCCAUCAAUACCCUGGGCCAAGAACAAACGGGAAUUAGUGAAAGGGCCCCCAAAUCUCUCCAACGUGACAACGCUCCUCUAGGCUCUCCAAGCUCCCCUGGCCUGGUCCCUGCCCCAGUGAUGACCAUCAACAAGGGGGAGGAGAAAUACCUAGUUGAGGAAGAGAGCUUGGAGGCCUGCCCGGAGGAAGAGGGGUCUCUGCAAGCUGUGGCGAGGUUGGCUCCUCACCCUCCUCCGUACUGCGUAUCCUCUCGCCCAGUCAGCAGCUCCAUUUCCCUGCAGCAUCUCAAAGCAACUCCAAGUCAAAGUCUCCAACUAUCCCGUAUCCAGACGUACAGUAGUCGCGUACGCACCCCCCCGGCGCCCCCACUACACACCACGACCCUGACCCUGAACCUGACCCCGACACCCCGGUCCCUCUCGUCCAUGAUCCAUCCACAUCGACCGCCGGCGCCCAUCCAACGGGAGAACAAUGCAGUGGCCGAGAUGGUUCCAGAUGUGAUGAUCAGCGUCCGUUGUACGUAUCUGGACUCCCUCUUACUUCUAGUCAUCAUUCAAGGUACAAUGAAAAGUAGAGAGUACAUGAACCCAGCUGCAGAGCAAAGGGAUGGGCCCCAGAGUGAGUGGGUGGGAUCAUUCGGCUCUCACGGCCGUGUCGGCAAAUAG